UCCACAAGCGGCCCGCUGGCUGGGCCAUAUUGGGAGGGUUGGACCCUAUGGUUGGACCUGGCCUUGCUUGUCAACUCUGUGCAUACAAUAAGUUGUAACUCCGCCUCCUGCUCCUUCGUGGAACCGCAGUUGUUGGAAGAGAGAAAUAGGGAAGUAGUGACACACUGGCGGACAGUAGUUUGCAGUAUUGUUUCAUCUCGGACAUACCCUCUGCUAAUGAACAAUAUCCUGUUGUUUCGUCUUGGAGCUCUCUGACAGGAUGGCAUCACAAGGGGGGGAGGAGCCUCCUUCAAGCAGAGGUCAACCAGAUAGUCGUCUAAAGAGCAAGAAGCCGCCCAGCCUUGUAAUAGCAAUACCGCCGCAUGAGGAGAACAUGUCCCACGACACUGCAAAACAGCCACUACGACCGUCCCUGAAGAAAAGCUUGGCUGGUCAAGCCAGCGGUUCUGUUUCCGAGAGCAUCAUCGGAGCCAGAGAGGGAGCAGGAGAUGGAGGCUUCUCAUUCAGAGACAGAAGGGCAAAGUUUGGAAGACAAACAUCGCUCUCACAAAGCAUCCGCAAGAAUACAGCCCAGUGGUUUGGGGUUGGGGAAGACUGUGAGACCAAGCAGCAGGUAUGGCACAGGAAGAGCCUGCGCCACUGCAGCCAGCGUUAUGGCAAGCUAAAGGCCCAGUAUAGAGAGCCUGAGACAGCCUCCAGCUUCGACCAGGGCCUGGACUCACCAGCCACACACAAGAUGCCCAAGAUUGUGGAUCCCCUGGCACGGGGGAGAGCCUUCCGUUGCCCAGAUGAGAUGGACGGUCGCUCCCCCAGGACACCCCACACCACUCAGGGGGGUCCUGUCACCCCGGGUGUAACCUCACUCAGCUCCUUCACCAGCCAGCGCUCCGGGUACAGCCGCUUCCCCAUGCGUAAGAGGGAGUCUGUCGCCCGCAUGAGCAUCCGAGCUGCAUCCAACCUGCUGAGGGGCCGUAGCGGCUUGGCAGGCUCCCAGACAGGUCGAAGUUUCCCUAAGAGGAGCUUUGUCCGGCCCAGCUGGAUGGACGAGGACACCGUGGACUCCGCAGACACGUCUGAGUCGCUCUUCUUCAGCAAGGUUGAUGCCCAUGAUGAGUUUUACUCUAUGGCUGAUGAUGUAUUUGAAUCACCUCCCAUGUCUGCAGCUUUUGCUCCCUGCGAGCAGCCUGACCAGAAGUUCUCAAGUUUCAGCAGUAAGGAAAUAUCUCGGAAGCCCAGGACACCAACAGUAGCACCCGAAAAGAAACAACCCCGUCGGGGUGGUCGUAUUGCCUCCCAAGUUAAGCACUUUGCAUUUGAUAAACACAAACGUGAGUACGGCAUGGGCGUCGUUGGAAAGUGGCUGAACCGCCACUACCGGCGCAGCCUCAGCAGCAACAUCCAGAAGCAGCUGGACGACUUCCACAGCCACAGGCCCUACUUUGCCUACUGGAUCACGUUUGUCCAUAUUUUAAUCACUUUGCUGGCCUGUUGUACAUACGGUUUUGCCCCUGUGGGGUUUGCACAACAUUCUACGUCUGAAUUGGUGCUGAAGAAUAAAGGCAUUUAUGAGAGUGUCAAGUAUAUCCAACAGGAGAACUUCUGGAUUGGUCCGCGCUCUGAUGACCUAAUCCACUUGGGGGCCAAGUUCUCACCAUGCAUCCGUAAGGACACACAGAUAGUCAGUCUGAUCCAAAACGCCAAAGACCUGGAGAGAGAGUCUGGCUGCUGUGUACAGAAUGACAACUCUGGAUGCGUGCAGACCCUCAGCUCCGGCUGCUCCGAGACCCUGGCCACCUUUAUUAAAUGGAACAAUGAGCAAAUGAACAUCAGCAGGUCCUCCGGUUCGGUUUGUCACCAGGACCCUAGAGUGUGUGAGGAGCCGGCUUCUGCAAAGCCUCAUACGUGGCCAGAUGACAUCACCCAGUGGCCGGUGUGCACUUACCCAAAGAAGUGGAACCACACAGGUUACAGACACAUGGACUGUAACAUCAAGGGACGGCCUUGCUGCAUAGGAACUAAGGGCAGAUGUGAGAUCACGACCAGAGAGUAUUGCUCUUUCAUGCAUGGUUACUUUCACGAGGAUGCCACACUCUGCUCACAGGUGCACUGUCUGGAUGAUGUGUGCGGCUUGUUGCCCUUCCUCAACCCUGAUGUUCCUGAUCAGUUCUACCGUCUCUGGCUCUCUCUCUUCCUCCAUGCUGGGCUGUUACACUGCGUGGUUUCGGUGGUGUUCCAAAUGACCAUACUGAGAGACCUGGAGAAGCUGGCAGGUUGGGUCCGCAUCUCCAUCAUUUAUAUCCUUAGUGGUAUCACUGGAAACCUUGCCUCCGCCCUGUUCCUGCCCUACAGAGCUGAGGUGGGUCCAGCUGGGUCUCAGUUUGGAAUCCUCGCUUGUCUUUUUGUAGAGCUGUUUCAAGGUUGGCAGAUUCUGGAAAAGCCAUGGAAAGCAUUUGUCAAGCUGUUGGGCAUCGUCCUCUUCCUCUUCCUGUGCGGCCUCCUGCCGUGGAUUGACAACAUUGCUCACAUCUUUGGUUUCCUCAGCGGCUUGCUGCUUUCCUUCGUCUUCCUGCCCUACAUCACCUUCGGGACCUUUGACAAGUACCGAAAACGUAUCCUCAUUGCUGUCUCUAUGUUGGCCUACAUUGGGCUGUUUUCUUCCCUCAUCGUUUGGUUUUAUAUUUACCCGAUUAACUGGCACUGGCUGGAGCAUCUCACCUGCCUACCUUUUACGAGCAAGUUCUGUGAGAAGUAUGACAUAGACCAUAACAUUGACAAUGUGGUGCACUAGUCUCUAGGCUACUGAUGAUGUGACUCGGCUACUGAUUUAGUAUCUUCUUGCUAAUGCUCGGGUCAGCUGUUUCCAGGUCAACUCGGUGGCUUUAGGAAUGUGUCCAUCGUAUUAUUUAUUAUUCGCUCGUCAAAGGACCUGAUCAAAGUCCAUUUACCUAGAACUGAAUCAUUCUCUUCUCAGCCUGCUGACUUGUUCACUUCCAUAAAACUUUACUCAACCCUUUUAAUCCUCAGUAAUUUGCUAAUGGGCUCCUUGGAAUCGGAGGACAGGAAAAGAUACUCAGGACGUCAAAACUGCAUAGAGCUGGGUGGACCUAAAGGAAGAGCUCUGCAGAGCGAGAGAGUCUGGAUCAUUCAACUCAAAGUCACAUCAAUCUAAAGAAGCCAAAUGCCUCACCUAUGGCCUACAAUCUUGUUUCCCUUAACUCUAUGGAUGACAAACAACUGAAAUGGAAAGGAAGACUGAUGCCAUGGUGGGUCAUCGGGUAUCAUGUGGCCCAAUGAAGUAAGAUACAUCAGGCCUCCUGUCACUAGGGGUUAAACACUACGAACUCUGUCAUUUAGUUCUGCUGCUUCUACAUGUUAUAACAUCUGUGAAAUGCUUUCUGAGUUAAAAAAAAAUUGAAUUCUUUUUUUUUAUCUUCACUCUUUUAUGAAUGCACUUGGCAUGUCAAUAUUAUUUGGAGCAGUGAAAUGUUGUACAAAAGGUAACAAGGUGUUCCAAGUAUUAAAGUGAAAUAUCAGUGGUCAACUAGAUACGAUUUCUAUCUAGAACCACUGGUUGCCUUACACAGACUAUGCCAUUUUACAAAGGUGCCUCAUUUAACUUUAGCAAACUGCUCAUGAUCAACUUACUGAAUAGUGAUGAACAGCUUUCUGACCCAAAACCUACCAAAGCAACUACAUAUGCUGCUUAUAUAUGCAUGUUCUAAGUUUUCUGUACACCAAUGCCACAGAAACAAGUUCUGAGUAAAGCUCUAAUUGUAAUGUCCCAUAUUUGUCCGCCAACAGUGGUGACACAACCAUUUUGUUGAUUUACUCUAAAAA